AUGUCUCCUCCCCUAAUCCUUAAAAACGGAACCCUACUCACAUUUGACGAGCAAGUGCAAAGAGUGAGAGUUCUUCGAAAAGCCUCGAUCCUCAUCGUCGGAGAUGGAAUUGCACAGAUCGAGGAAAAGUUCGAGAACCUCAGUGUUCCCGAGGAAGUGGAGAUUCUCGACGUGACCGGAAAAAUUAUCUCUCCCGGGUUCGUCAACACGCAUGUCCACAUGUGGAUGACCGCGUAUCGAAGCGUCGCACCCGACAUCACGCUUUUGCACUACUUCGAUUGGGUCAGUCAAACUUCCGAGACGGCGGUGCGAGCGUUUGGUCCCGAGGAGGUGUACAUCAGUACGGUCGAGGGGUAUUUGGAAGGGCUGAAUGCCGGGGUGACGACGGUUGUGGAUCACGCGCAUUGCAAUUUUGGGGCGGGACAGAUGCGGAGAAGUUUUGAGGGGGCUGUUGAUGGCGGGGCGAGGGUUUGGUGGUGUUAUGAGGUGAGUGAACAUGGGUUGUUUGGUAGGCGGGAGCAGUGGAGGAAAUGGGGGGAGAUGGAGGGGGAGGGGUUGGUGAGGUUUGGGUUGGCGUUUGAUGCGGGUGAGGGCGGCGGGUCGACGAUGGAGGAGGAGGAGGAGGAGGAGUAUCGGAGGGCUGUGAGGGAGCGGAAGGUGGAGGUGUUCACGCUUCAUCAUCUUGGGGGGCCGUGGCCUUCGAAGGGGAGUUCGCCGCUGGAUUUGGAGCGGAGGGGUGUGGUGGAGCUGGGGGUUCCGGUGAUUUUGUCGCAUGCUCCCUACCUUUCGGAGGACGAGCGGGAGUGGUUGCGGAAGAGGAAUUUUCAUGUUUCGAUCACGCCGGAGUCGGAGUUUCAUUAUGGCCACGGACAGACGACGGGGCAUGUCAUCGCCGACCAGGCUUCGCUGGGCGUUGAUACGAAUUUCACGUUCUCGGGCGAUGUGUUGACGCAAGCUCGUCUGUGGCUGCAACGAAGUCGAGAUGUGAAUUUCUCGAAGUUGCUGAGAGACACGGGAUUGAUUCCGCGGACGACGCCGAUGACUGCUGAGCAAGGAUUCCUGAUGGCCACGCGCCAGGGCGGUCGCUCGUUGUGGAGGGAUGAUAUUGGGGUGCUGAAGGUCGGCGCCAAGGCGGAUGUCGUGGUCUUCAAUGGCGACUCUCCGAAUAUGCUCGGCUGGUCGGACGCGAUUGCGGCGGUGAUGCUGCAUGCCAAUGUCGGUGAUAUUGAGCAUGUGCUUGUUGGCGGAGAGUUUCGGAAGCGGGACUUCCAGCUGGUGAACACGGCUGUGGAGUGGGAUGUUGUCAGGCAGAGCUUCUUGGAGACUGCCAAGAAGGUGCAGGCUCACGCUGUCCCGCCUGUGCCGAUUCCGGAUACGCUUUGGGGUUUGAAGGCGACUGGCGAUGUUGAUGUAGUGUCUACCAUAGCAUCGACAUAG